AUGGACAAGGAAAAGCUCGCCAAGCUGCAGCAGCAGGUCCGCAUUGGCGGAAAGGGUACCCCCCGCCGAAAACAGGUCAAGAAGUCCGUGACCGCUUCGCAAGGGGACGAUCGGAAACUCCAGGCGGCGUUGAAGAAGCUGUCGGUGCAGCCGAUCGCGGGCGUUGAGGAGGUCAACAUGUUCAAGGAGGAUGGGAAUGUCUUGCACUUUGCGGCGCCAAAGGUCCACGCCGCCCUCCCCUCCAACACACUCGCCAUCUACGGUCCCGGUCAAACCAAGGAGCUCACCGAACUCGUCCCCGGUAUCCUGAACCAGCUCGGCCCCGACUCGCUCGCCAACCUCCGCCGCCUCGCCGAAUCGUACCAGUCCCUCACGGCGCGCAAUGCCGCCGCGUCGGCCGCGGCCGGUGGAGCUGGUGCGGGUGCGGGAGGAAGGGAGGGAGAGGUGGAUGAUGAGGAUGAUGAGGGGAUUCCGGACUUGGUGGAGAACUUUGAAGAUGCGGGGGAGGGGGGAAAGACGGCGGCGGAUUUGGAAGAGCUCGAGUAG